CGUCAGCACGCGCCUGCAUGACUUGCCAAUCAACCUCAGCUAUCCCGCCAUCCUGCCCAACGGCUACCUGGCGGCAAGCACACGAGACGGCGGCCAUAUGCUCCUGGUUGCCCUCGGGCUGCAGCCCGUGCUGCCGCGACUGCCCGCCGGGGCCGACAACACCAAUGCCUCCACGUCAGCGCCGCCGCCGCCGCCGCCGCGCAGCCUGCCCGCCGACCUGGGUGCGCUGCUGGAUGCACAGCCCGACGGCACCUCUGACGUGGCCAUUCGAGUGGGCGAGCGCCGCUUCUGCUGCCACCGCGCCAUCUUGUGCGCGCGCUGCGACUACUUUCAGCAGCGGCUGGCGGGGGGCUCGUUUCGGGAUGGCCUCCAGGGAGACAUCGACCUACCGGACGCGGAGCCUGAGGCCUUUGCGCAGCUGCUGCGCUGGCUGUACACGGGCGCCGCCGACGUGCCGCCCGAGCACGCGCGCGCCGUGGCGGAGCUGGCGGACCGGCUGCUGCUGCCGCAGCUGUGCGACGUCGCGCUGGAGGUGCUGCUGGCGUCCGUGUCAGCGGAGGGCGUGGUGGAGGUGUUGUUGUGGGCGGCGGGCGCAGCCGAGUCGCGCGGCGCCGGCGGCUGCUUUGGUGUGCUGCUGGGGGCGCUGAAGCGCUGGUGCGUGUGCCACCACGGCGAGGUACGGCGGGUGGCGGGUGCCAGUCGCGCCCGACUGGCAGUGGAGGCGCCGGCCCUGCACCUGGAGCUGGUGGACGCGGCCAUGGAUGCAGUGGCGCGGGACGGAGCGGGGGCGGCGGCAGGAGCGGGGGACGGCGAGCGCAAGCGGCGGCGCUGCUAGAGGCGGUGUACCCGGAGAGGUGCAGGCAGGGCUGCUGUUGGCAGGAUGUUUGCAGAGGAGCGCUAGUACGGCUGCGGUGUUGCAACGGGACGGGGCCGGUGCAGGGACCUCCAACGUGUUGCCGCACCCUGCAAGGAAUUAGCUGCAUGAGAUACGCAGCGGUAAUCCGUGGUGCGUUGUGGACGUUUGGCUGGCAGGGCUGCGAAUGUGCAGUUGCGUUGUGGCACGGUUGCUGUGUUGGUUGAUGUCAUUUGAUACGUACUCCAGUGCAAAAACGUAUGCGGACAGCGAGGGGCAUAGCAUUGCUUGUCUGGGCCGGGUGGGACCAUGGGAACACGUGACACACGUAGGCGUGUAUGUGUAUGUGUGUGUGUGUGUGUGUGUGUGUGUGUGUGUGUGUGUGUGUGUGUGUGUAUGUGUGUGUGUGUAACAACGGUUUACAGUUGUUUAUCAGAUCACGUGAUCGUGUAUCCGGACAACCCGUAGUUGCUAGUGCCAGGGGCGCAGUAGCACCUUGUUUGUCGCGCAUUGGUCUGGCAGUACAUGUCUCCCAAGCCUACGCGUAGCGUUAGACGGCAGUUUGGCCACAGAAGCCGCACCUCCAUCUAUUGUGGUUAGACACUGAUUUGGCCCUAAGAGCCGCACCUCCGUCUAUAUCUACGUGUGUGUGUAUAUGUGCGUGAGUGUGUGUGUGUGUGUGUGCGUGUGUGUAUAUGGUGAAGUGUCAUGGCAGCAGCGGCACAUGCCCCAGCAGCACGCCCCGGCCCAGGUCCCAGAACGCCGUCAGCAGCGCCAGCUGGGGGCCACAGGGACCAGCGGGGGUUGCCAAGGAAGGCCGGAAAAGGGCAAGCCGGCAAGUACAAUUAAGUAAAGCAGGUUAAGCAGCAUACGACAUUUCCAGGGAAGAGGACAUGAGCCGGGCUACCGUGCCUUUGACACGGCACGACACAGCUUCGCCCACACCUGAUGACCUGGGGCAUCCGUGACACGGCCCCACCCGCGGCCCCCUGCCCCGCCGCCAUCGUCACGCCGCUCACACAUAAUUGUAUACACACACACACACACACUGCCUGUCUGUUACCCUUGUCCCUCGAAGCACUCCGAUGGGACCCGUCCCCCAUUCCAGAUUUGGGCGGG